CAUAGCUGAGGUAUAAGGUCCUAUUUUUGGAAUCCGUAGUGGCCAUUUUCCCCCCCUCAUCCUCCUCCUCCGCCUCCUCCUCCUCCUCCUCUCACGGUGUUCUCCGCCGGUGUUUUGAUUUAGAUCUUUGGACCGAUGUUCCACUGACGUGCGAGAGAGGUUCCGUCCGAGCCGUGAGCAUCGCAGCGGGACGUCAGCAGCCGCGACCGUAUAGAUUGUCUGCUCUCGAUGGAAGACAUCUUCCCACUCGCUGCGAGCGACGGACCCAGGCACGUUUCGCAUCUGCUUCGCAUCUGUAUUCCCAUCAACGAGCGAGGGACUUUUUAUAAAUGAAGGUCUGAGGUAAAAAGAAAAAGAAAAAAAAAAAAAAAAAAAAGGGCAGCAGCACACCGGGAGACAAACCUGUCGGCCUGUGCCACUGGGUGGCUUCAGCACCAUUGGGGGACCGAGCCGUCUGAACGCCCUGGACCCUGGACUGCCUGUGGUUGGAGCGCGUUUUCACAUUUUUUGACCGCAUUUGCCCAGCAGGAGCGAGCGGGUCAAGGUGUGAUGUAUGGAUUCCAAAAGGAGAGUCGACUAACCAGAAGGUUCGAUCUCCUCCAGAAGUGAGACACACACCUUAAAGCUCUUUGUCUAGGCCAUUCAAAGAGCUUUUCCCCCACUCCACCCUUCCUCCACCCCACUGGUAAAUCUCACACCAACAUCAUGGGUACGGUGCUGUCGCUGUCUCCCAGCUACCGCAAAGCGGUGCUGUUUGAAGAUUGCCCGGCCACGGUAGGCCACUACACAGCGGUCCAGAACAGCAAGAACGCCAAGGAUGCGGCCACAGCGGCCGCAAAGUCCCUCAAACGGCCCUCCAUCAUCAACGUGUUGCCAUGGAAACGUAUUGUGGCCGUAUCGGCAAAGAGGAAGGGCUCGAAGAAGCUGCAGUCGGAGGCUGGCGAUGGUGGGAAGGGGAGCUCCCCGGAUGGUCAGGCCACUGCCAUGGCCAACUCGGCCUCCAACAGCCUGAAGCUGAAGAAGUCUCAGUCCUGCGCUAACCUGUCAUCUUACACAUCGAGCCAGGACCCCUCAGCCACCAGCACCACUACCUCCUCCCACCUGCCCACCUCCAAGACCCUGGCUAAUGUAGUUACUGUGGCUGCCAAAAAGAACUCCCUCACAGGCUCUGGAAUCCAGCCGUCUACUGCAGCCGGCACGCCUAAACGUGUCAUCGUCCAGGCCUCCACAAGUGAACUGAUGCGCAGCCUGGGCGAGUUCCUGUGCCGUCGGUGUUACCGACUGAAGCGUCUAUCCCCAACAGAUCCGGUCCUGUGGUUGCGCAGCGUGGACCGCUCCCUCCUCCUGCAGGGCUGGCAGGAUCAGGGCUUCAUCACGCCGGCCAACGUGGUCUUCCUCUACAUGCUGUGCCGCGACGUGGUCUCGUCUGAGGUGGCCUCAGAACGCGAGCUGCAGGCCUCGCUGCUCACCUGCCUCUACCUGUCGUACUCCUACAUGGGCAACGAGAUCUCCUACCCCCUGAAGCCCUUCCUGGUCGAGGCAGAGAAGGAAGCCUUCUGGGACCGCUGCCUGGAGAUCAUCAACCGCAUGAGCGGCAAGAUGCUCCAGAUCAACACCGACCCGCACUUCUUCACCCAGGUGUUUGCUGACCUGAAGAACGAGAGCAAGAAAGAGGAGGAGAAGACCAAACUCCUCAUAGGCCUUGACCGAUAAGAAGGAGCUUGGAGGAAGGAAGGAAGGAAGGAAGGAAGGAAGGAAAGGAAGGAAGGAAGGAAGAAAGGAUGCAUAGAGAAUUAAGUAAUUAGGUUGAGGAUGGGUGAACUCAUAUAAUGCAGUGCAGCAUUGAUACCUUGAGGCAGUCCUGUUGUCUGGCAUCUCUACUAUUUUACCAUUUAUGGAAUUUCCUGAUCAUGACCCAGAACAAAGAGCCUCCGGUAUUAAACACAAAAUGUAAUUUCCUUAACGAGCCACCUUGACACCAACAAAUGCAGUUACUGAGCGUUAGCGUCAGGGUUAGGCUCCUGUGAAGGCAGCAGUUGGCCUCCGAGGCACUUCUUCUAGAACGGGUUACUGUAGUGCUGAUCACACCAUGAGCCACAUUAUUUGACGUGAUUGGAUCUGGUUUGAUUCUCAAGACCGACAGGUAUCCAAUCCUGGCUCAGGGUGUGACAGUGAAAAGCUUUAAGGCAGAGAUGUGGUCAUUUUUGCAAGAAUGGUGUAACCGUUAUCACAGAUGAGGGCCGGUGAUGUGACAUUAGCUGGCUGUGAGAGAGAGAUAACAAUCAAUUGUACGUGUCGCCCGAGGUCUGACCUGUAUCUUGUUUCAGUGAGAUAAUAGAAGUGAAUGGGUUUAGAAAUGCCAGACAACACGGAAUAAGUCAUUUAGGGUGAUAUCAUAAAUGCGAAGAUAGAAGAUGUUGAUACGAUGAUAUUGUAUGAUAGGAACCAGGCAUUAUCGCUAUAGAGAAAUGUCAGGGUAAUGAAAAACACAGAACACCUUGCAUGAGGUCACUUCAUAUGUCCUUGCACAUAAACCCCCACUUAUCGCCAACUCCACUGUACCUUAUUCCUGCUGUCCUGCCCGAGCUUAUUGCACUCACCAACAUUGGCUGUGAGGACCACUGUUGAAACUUUCAGAGUGUUGAAUAAUACCAUCACUUCUCACUCAGCUAGAAUGAACGCAAAACUUGUCAGACUGUGAAAUUUAAGUCCCUUGGCAUAAUUGUGCUGUAGUGGAUUUAUUCAUCGGCAUCUUACAUAAUGUACUGUACUUUUAAGGGAUCCAUCAAAUCUUCUAUGGAUUGGGAGAUCUAUUUAUUUUUAAGAGUAUGAAAUGCUAAUCCCCACAGAUUAAUAAUCACUAAAUGAGCCCUUCUGUAAAAUGUUUACAUAUACAAAAAUGUGGGAAAAUGCAAUACUGACCCCUCCAGGGCAAAUUUUACAUGGGCAAUGAUUUCAUUCCUGCCUGUACCCCUGCACUUUCUCCUGCAGUCCAGGAAGGAAGGAAGGAAGAAAGGAAGGAAGGAAGGAAGGAAAGAAAGAAAGAAAGAAAGAAAGAAAGAAAGAAAGAAAGAAAGAAAGAAAGAAAGAAAGAAAGAAAGAAAGAAAGAAGCUUUCUGUUUUAAAAAAUGCUGCACUCACGUUGUGUGCUUCAUACUGUACGAAUGAUCGGUCGAGCUGGGUCGUGUUCAGAGGGUAGAUCAUGUGAUCCGUCGAGACCAAUGGCUGUUCACAUCAGAAUGAAAGAAGAUGUGAUUACAGUGCAGCAGGUGUGUGUGGGCGAAGGCAGACGCUACUAGUGUACAUGUGACUUUUUCUUCCACAAACGGCGCGCUGACGUCGCCUUUGUCGCCUUUGUCGCCUCAGUGGACUUCCUCUGCUGUUUGAAGCGUCACCUCCCCCUCCUCUUUCCUCCGCUCAUAACUCCCCAUGGAAUCAAACUGAAACGACACAGAUUUCCUCUCUCUCUCUCUCUCUCUCUCUCUCUCUCUGUCCAGUCUGAACUGGUCGUGUCCUGUCUGGUGCGGUCCCGUCCAAUCCAGUCAUCUGAUAUUUAGACACUCUCCGGUCGCGUUGACCCGAUGGCUUACUUAUUCACUGAGUUGUUUGACAUGCAUGUGUGCUUCUAUAGGUUUCCUAGCAUGCCGCUUUGUGUUGGACGCACCGCACCACAUGUUACAGAAGAGAACUGCUGAACGCCAGACUCAGUGAUGUGACAUCCAGGCGACCCGGUACAAAGACUCUCUAAAUGAAGGAAAUGGUGGAAGGCCGGUUGUCUCCUUGCCUGUGCUGACCCUUAUCAAGAUCCCCGCUGUUCUUGGUUUCAUGGUGCUCAAGGGCUGAAAAGCAAUUUCAGUUUGGAUAUACAAAGGCCACUCAAUUAAGCACGGAUGUGAUGAAAGUCUGGGGGCGUCACAAGAGACAUUAAAAUAGAAUAAAAUAAAAAAUGCUGAAUCCUAAACGUCCCAUAAUGCAAGUGAAUUUCAAGCCCCAUUCUUUCAAACCUCACACUUCCAGUUUUCUAUUACAAAUGCUGGAAGACCACAUAUAACUGUCAAAAAGUCAACCGCGUGCCUCAAGAGAUUCCUCGCCUUGACGAUGUCACAUCACUAAGUCUAACCAUAGCUGAUUAAUUGUCUGCGAUUUUAGAAAACGCUCCGCCUUCUCAAACAGGGCAGAGAUCUUGUGCCAUAUCGUUCUAAAGACUCAUUAUUUCAUACGAAAGACAAAGAAACAUGAGCCAACUCAAAGUCUCCGGCCACUGAACAAGAAAGACUAUAACGGGAUUAUGAUGAAUAAUGUUUUUCCACGAUCUUGCUACCUUGUGUCAGAGAUGGUGACUGUAAAAGAGGGACUUUGUUCAGGUGUCAAGGGAGUGGAGUCCAAAUGAAAAGCUUGUGAUUUUUUUUUUAAUACACGGUGAAGUUUUAUGUGUCACUUUGCGAAAUGUAAGCCAAAAUUGGAGUCAUCCAAAGCUGGAGCAUUCAUCAUUCUGUUAGUAAAUUUAUAAUCUUUGAAAAGCUGUAUUCAGCCAGCUGUCUUACGCGAUGAAACGUUUGAAAUAACAGUUCCCUAUUUGCUAUGAAACACGGGGAAAGGGGUCUUAGAAAUUUGUUCUCAAAGCAGAAUACGGUGUCUGUUUCCAGACUGGGUGUCUCCAUGAUGCAGGUGAUGUCGAAAUUCUGGUUGUGUUUUGUGUUCAGGUGAUUAGUGACCGGGCUGCAGUAGGAACAAUGCUGUAAAAAAAUAAUGUAGCCUUGACGCAGAGUCAGACCUCACAUGAGACAAAUAUGCACAUGAAGAAUGAAUCCGUGGCAAACUAGCUUGUUUACACAUCCUUCCUCCUCGCUGUCUCCGAUGGGUUGAACAGUAUUCAAGUAGCAUUUCUCUGAACAACAUUCCCGAGAGGGCUGUUUAAUGAUCUUUCUUUCUUUUUCAUUUAUUUAGUUCAAUCUAUUUGGUUUGACGGGAAUUAUAUCGCAGCAGGUUAAUUAACGAAAGACAAAAUGUGACACAUCCUCCUUUGGUUAAUUGAAAGUAGUUAGUGAAUUUAAAUUUGACUGUCAUCUAUUUAGUGGAGGAUUUAAGAUUUUUUUUGUGUUGAUAAUCUGGAUUAUCUCUGGUAAAUAUUGAGGUUUAAUUGACCAUUCGCUAAACGCUGCCACCUUUGGCCAGUGUAGCUACGCCUGUCAAGCAUUCUGUUCUUACAUGGCACACGUGCAGUUUACAGUGAUGGCGAUGAAAGAUUUUACGAAUGAAACUAGGGGUUCCUCAAUUAUCAGAGAUAGGUCAACAAAACACGUGUCUGUUUCCAGCUGGCAAUGGUCUCCGGCAGGUUAUAUCAACUGUAGCUAGCUAAUUAAGCUAAUGUUAGCUCAACAUGUUGGACAAAAAUGCGGUCCUUUCUGACUUUCCAGCUGACUCAUUAUGUAAAAGGGCUCUUAAAUAAGCAGAUGACGGCUAUCCUACAUACGCAAUCUCAUGCUAACGCUAGUUCCUGGUGAUAAAGUUAGCAUUCUAACCAGCUGAUGAUUUUUCUGUUGUUUCUGUUCUAGCUAGUCUAAAUAUUGUAACCAUAAGUAAACAUAUAAGUAAAGACUGUGUAUGUUUCACAUUUUACAUUACAAGAGUGUUAUCCUAAUGUAACUUUAAUGUAACACAAGCUCCACAACCAGCGUCCUCGCAGCGGGAAAAUGGUACACUGGGGAUUUGGCUCUUUAUGUAAAUUGUAGCCCCACAAACUAGCUACUGUACUGUAGCCUGCGUGUUUGUUGGCCCUGGAAGUAAGGCAGGGUUGGUAGGCCAAGUAGUCGUUCAUGAUUCCAACAUACCUUAGCAAACAUACUUUCCAUAUGUGGAGAAAUCCAAAGCUUGACAGGCCUGCUGUGUCUAGGUAACACUGCUAACGUUACAGUUGCAAACAAUGCUCGAGGGGAGGGAUUUAGUCAAUGGUCAAUUUUACUGUUUCUCUUAAAAUAGUUUGACACCUGUCCUGUGUUGAAAACACACACACAACCCUGCACACAAAGUGUAUUAUAUAUUGAUUAUUCAAGACCAUGUGGAUGUCAGAUGACAGCUUUUAACAGACAAGAAGGGGGAUAUGAUACAUUUCUCUGUGAAACAAAGGAGUGGAAAAGGCAAAAAUCCUGUCCAGACUUCUCAUUAUUUUUCACUUCCACCAGUUCCAGUCCUUCCAGCUGUGCAAGGACAAUAAAAACAACAACAACAAAAAAGAAAACAGACAAGGAAGAAUGAAUCUUUUUCUAGAAUUGGAGAGAGAAAAGUAUGGGUUGAUGAUACCCCCUCCUGCACAUGCUCUCAUCAUCGAUCAGCUCAUAAAUAUGUGCCAUAUUUUAUCUUGCAACACGGACAAGACAAAAACUAUCGUGUAACAUAUGAAGCUUAUGAUAAUGAUACUGAAGUUAUUAUGGUUUUCCUUCCUUUUCGUUUGUGAAUCAUAUUGUGUAAACAAGAAUCUUUGUUGAACAAAAGUCAAGGCUACUAGUGUUACUAGAGUGCUGAUGCUGCAGUCUGUUACUAUGUGGAUGUAUGAAUAUGUAUGUGAGAAAUAAGAAUAAUUUGAUCAACUGUUACAGGUACUUUAUAUAAAAACCUUUA